ACCCGACAAACAAGAAAACAGAGAAUUUGAGAGGUUUGAUUGAACCAACUCGAUGUCGUGCACAGUUGUGACAGUGGCAAACCCGUGAUAAUAGCUUUAAGAACAGCCAAAUGAAAGGAAAGAACAGUACAUAAGUACCACUAUAUCUAUCUAUCUGUAUAUCUUCAGUAGUACUACACAUCUUCGUCUUCAAUCACCAAAGUCAACACCACACAAAAGUCAGCUUUUUGCCACUCCCUUUUUUCCUUUUUCCUUUAUACAUAUAUCUGAGACUGAUACUAAUCUCAUAUCAUUUCUCUUUUUAUUUUCUUUUUUAUAUGCAAGUAAAAAACUUUCCCACCAAAAUGAAAUCCAUGAACUAGUCUUGUGAUUUUUUGUUUUUACUGUAGAAAAAGUUUGAAUUGUUCGUUCGUUUAUCGUCACUGUCGUUGGUUCUUUUUCGUUGUUCAAUUACUUGUCAGGAUUACCAAAAGAGCAAGGAAGACUAAAAGGGAUAAAAGAGAAGAGCGUGAACAUCACGACCGAAUUAUUGUUAUUAUUAUUAUUAUUAUUAUUAAAAGAAGAGGGGAAAGACAAAAGCCCCAUUUUAUAGCCUCAAUUGGACUGGUAAGAGGAACUUCUUGGAUACCCACUUCCUGUUCUCACUCGGUUUUGACUUUUUUUUUUUUUUGGUGCUAAUUUGGGGUUUUAGGGUUGUUUGGGUGAGGGGCUUUUUUUGGUCAUGUUUAUUGAUUAGAAGUUUUGGGAAGGGUUAUCAAGGUUGGAGGUGGGUUUUGGUUUACACUUAUCAACAGAAAGGAGUUGAUUACAAGAUGUGGGUGUUGAGAACUUGAAAGUUUAGCUGAAGAGGUUUUAAAGAGUUGAAGAUUAUGGACUUGUUUUGCUGUUUUAAAGCUUCUUACUCUCAGCUUAUUGGAGUACAUUCUUCAUCUAAUUCAGGCAAGGGGAGAAGCCAUGAGAGGUUAGUCAAGUAUGGUUUCAGCUUGCUAAAGGGAAAAGCUAAUCAUCCAAUGGAGGAUUAUCACGUUGCUAAAUUUGUUAAGAUAGAAGGGCACGAAUUAGGCCUGUUUGCUAUUUAUGAUGGCCAUUUGGGAGAUAGCGUGCCUGCUUACCUUCAGAAACAUUUGCUUCAUAACAUCCUAAAGGAGGAAGAGUUUUGGGUUGAUCCUAAUCGAUCCAUCUCAAAAGCUUAUGAGAAGACAGACCAGGCAAUUCUUUCACAUAGUUCUGACUUGGGACUUGGUGGAUCAACUGCAGUAACUGCAAUUUUGAUAAAUGGUCAACGACUUUGGGUGGCCAAUGUUGGAGAUUCCCGAGCUGUUCUUUCGAGAGGAGGCCAAGCAGUGCAGAUGUCAACGGAUCAUGAGCCCAGUACUGAGCGAGGCAGUAUUGAGAACAGGGGUGGCUUCGUCUCAAACAUGCCAGGAGAUGUCCCUAGAGUCAAUGGACAACUGGCUGUUUCUCGAGCUUUCGGUGACAAAAGCCUUAAAACACAUUUGCGAUCAGAUCCGGACAUACAGGAUGCAACUGUUGAUGUCAAUACCGAUAUUCUUAUAAUUGCGAGCGAUGGUCUCUGGAAGGUAAUGGCAAAUCAAGAGGCAGUCGAUAUUGCUCGAAAGACGAGAGACCCGUUGAAGGCAGCUAAACACUUAACAGCUGAAGCAGUGAAAAGAGAUAGUAAAGAUGAUAUAUCUUGCAUUGUUGUUAGAUUUAGAUGAUGGUGUAUUGUAUUAUUGCUCCACAACUGCAGUUUAUACUGGCAAAAUAAAAGAAAAGCUUCUCCAUGUAUGGAAUGAAAGGAAGAUAAAAAAGAGGAAAUCUAAAUUUAGAUUCUUGAAAAUGUGAUGGACCUGGUGGUGGUAUUGUUUGAAUUCUUUUGUGAUAGAGAUUAGGCUCUAAUGUAUAUUUUUAUAAUUAUUGUAUGUUUUACUGCUUUGCACAGACAAUCCACGAAUUAUGUGGCUAUGUUGAAUAUGUUGAUGUAGAAAUUGUGUUUCAAAUCGUUAAUGGAGAAUAAAUACAUUUACAUA